CGCGCCUCGCGCCUCGCCGGCUGCGCCAGCCAGUGCCCCCCGAGACUCCGUCACGGUCGGUGCGCGUUUCGAUUCGAUAAUAGCGAUCGCUCGCGCUCUAUGCGAUCCCCGUGUCAUCGCGCCCCGAGAUUUCCACUCGUACAGCAGUGCUAGAUAACUCUGUUAGGGAUUCGCCAAUAGCGAUCCUUUGCGCACCUACCCGAUAACCUAUCGAGCGUAUCGCGCACACCUGAGUCGAAUCGAAAUUGUUCACGCUCAUAGCCGAGAUAACUUCUUAGAGUGAGUUUACACGGGAUUUUGUUAGUCUCUGCACAUUUUCCUCGCUGCGAAUCUACCGUUGGAAAGUUCGUGUUAGAAGAUGCGCCCCAAAGAAGAAGUGGACACGAAAAUGCAAACCGGGACUUUCAUACUCUCCGAGAAAAUCGAUGAUACUAAAAUGAAGAAAAACGAGAAGGAGAUGAAGAAGGAAAUGAAGAGGCUGGAAAAGGAAAAGCAGGAGAGGGAGAAGAGAGAGAAGAAAGCUCGCGAAAAGGAAAAGGAACGGGAGAAACUGUCCAAGAAAGGCAAGGUGGUGUGCGGCGCGUGCGGCGGCAAGUGCAGCGGCGAGGUGCUGCGCGUCACCGACAAGUACUUCCACACCGCCUGCUUCACGUGCCGCAGCUGCUCCGCCUCGCUCGCCAAAGGCGGCUUCUUUUGCAAGGACAACCAUUACUACUGCCCACAGGACUACCAGCGCGCGUUCGGCACGCGCUGCGCCGCGUGCAACCAGUACGUGGAGGGCGAGGUGGUCUCCGCGCUCGGCAACACCUACCACCAGAAGUGCUUCACGUGCGCGCGCUGCAAACGCGCGUUUCCUUCGGGCGAGAAGGUGACGUACACGGGCGCGGAGGUGGUGUGCUCUCAGUGCGUCGCUCCGCAGCGUCAGACGGCGCGCGCGUCAUCAGCUGCGCCUGCGCCCUCGCCCUCGCCAGCCCCCACACCCGCGCCAGCCCAAGCUGUCAACAACCGCGCCCCCGUCUCGCCGGACCGCAACCACGAGCCCAAUCCCAACGAGUGCGCCGGCUGCGGGCAGGAAUUGUCGGAAGGUCAAGCGUUAGUCGCAUUGGACAGACAAUGGCACACGUGGUGUUUCUGCUGCGGCUCGUGCGGCUGCGUACUGUCCGGCGAGUAUAUGGGGCGGGACGGAGCUCCGUACUGCGAGAGAGACUACCAGCGGUUAUACGGCGUGCGCUGCGCUUAUUGCCAGCGGUAUAUCUCCGGGAAGGUGUUGCAGGCCGGCGAGAACCACCAUUUCCACCCGACUUGCGCGCGCUGCAGCAAGUGCGGCGACCCGUUCGGAGACGGCGAGGAGAUGUUCCUGCAGGGCGCCGCCAUCUGGCACCCGCGCUGCGGGCCCGCGCCCCACGCGCGCCUCGACCCCGGCGACCCCGACCCGCCCUGCUCCGAGCUGCAGUUCUCGCUGCGCUCGCGCACGCCCAGCGUCAACGGCUCCUACUGCAGCCCCUACAGUAGCCUCAACAGGAAGUACGGGUCUGGCAUCGAGAGCGGGGGCUGGUCGCCGCACCCGCACCGCAUCACCGCGUACAGUUACCUGGCGGCGGAGCCGGCGCCGCUGCGUCGCCCGCUUCAACCCGCGCCGCCAGCUUCGCCGCACUUUCAUCGCCCGCCCUCUUCUACAUCGACCCGCGCGUCGUCCCGGCCCGGCAGCAAGGCGUCCUCGCGGCCCGGCAUGCGCGCCCUCGUCGACUCCAUGCUGGGCGACACUCCGCGACCCAAGUCCCCGCACAUGAACAACGAGGAGCCGAUCGAGUUGUCUCACUACCCAUCCGCGUACAAGCCGGCGCCCGGCACGCAGCCCAAGAUCGAGCGAGACGACUUCCCAGCACCGCCGUACCCAUACACCGACCCUGAACGUCGUCGGCGUUGGUCGGACACUUACAAGGGUGUCGAGAGCGACUCCGAGGAGAACGGCGACACUCUCAACGGACACCAGCAACUGCGUAGAGAGGAACGCGAACUGGCCAAGAUACAGUCCGGCAUCGCGCAGGUGUUCCUGAAAGAAGUUAAGGAAAGGGAGAAACUCCAGCAGUGGAAGAAACAGAAUUUGGAUCCCAGGAACGCGAGCAGGACUCCGAACGCGGCUCGCGAGUCGGGCGCGAGACUCCGCUACUCGUCGCCGGUGGGUGCGUCCCCGUCGCGAUCCCUCGACCAUGCGCGUGCGCAUGCACACACGCUAGACCAUCACCACCUCUCCUCCUACAACGCUCUGGGGCGGUCGGGGAUGGGCGUGGGGACGGGCGCGGGGCACGGGGCGGGGCCGCGAUGCAGCACGCUGCCGCCCGCGCUGAGGCACAACGGCGACUUCACAUUCAGCGGCAUGGGAGAUAAGACGCACAGCACAGACUUCAGCAGCGGAAAAUCUGACAUAUCCGCUGGAUCCAUCACUGACGUGGAUAGGAGUGCUGUGAGCACUACGGACGGCGUGGGCGGGCCGGUGCUGCGCGGGGGCAGCACCCUGGGCGGGCGGGUGUUGGGCGUGGGCGGCGCCAGCGUGGGCGGGGGCGUGGGCGGGGGCGGAGUGCGUCGCUCUCUGCCCAACAUGGCGACGUCUCACCUGCUGCACGAGCCCGCCAAGCUGUACCCCUACCAUCUGCUGCUCAUCACCAACUACCGCCUGCCGCCCGACGUCGACCGCCUCAACCUCGAGCGCCACCUGUCGGACGCUGAGUUCGAGGCGAUCCUGCAGACGGGCCGCCAGGAGUUCUACCGCCUGCCGCAGUGGCGCCGCAACGAGCUCAAGCGCCGCGCGCGCCUCUUCUAGGCGCCGCCCACUGCCCACUGCCCACUUCCCACUGCUGGGACCGCACCGAUCGACGCGUCAUCGCCAUCUAACGUACCGCUCCCAAACUAACACCAGCGGAUUUUAACUUUCGUUCGGGUUACUUUUACGAAUACUCCUCAGCUGUUGAAGAUCUUGUCUCUACGCUAUUUCAUAUUUAGGCGCGUCAUACUUUAACGCUAUGUUCUGCGAAAGAGUAGGAGUAUGUCUGCGGACGCGGGCGAUCGGUCCUUCGAGCCGGAUGCUGCCGGAUUGAUUUAUGUAAUUUCGUCGCUUUGAACGAUUCGCUGUUUCGAUUGUUAUGACUAGGAUUUUUUAAAGAAUCAUGUACGAUUAUUGAUUGAUUAAUGAACACCGAAUCGCAUCCGUGUGUGCGCGUGCGUCGAUCGCACGUCCAAUUUUAUAUUAUUACAAUUUUACCGCGUUAACUUAUUUUGUAGUUGUAGUUCCUCCGGUAGAGUCGCGCACAGUGCAGCUAAACGCUAACCUUUUAACGAUUAUUACGACUCAUUUUUUACCUUUUAACGAUACCGAUAGUGAUGAUAUUAUAAUAAAUAUUCACAAAAUAAUAAAUAUAAUAAUAUAUUUAAUUUAAACUAGCCUAUUUAGUGGGUGGGGCGAGUUCAUAGAACUCGGUGGCGACGACGAGCGGAAACUUUGAUGGUUACCGUGCAUCCGAAACGGCGUGCAAUAGGGGUGAUGACGGGGUACAGUAAACGAAAUACUAUUUAGUCCGUCAGUUAGAUGAUCAAAAAAUAAUGGACACGUAUUUUUUCUUUGGGCAAUCGACCAAAAAGUGACAUAGUUAUAGCGCGUCAAAGUUUGGGAGUAGGGGCUCGUGACGUCACUUUUGAGUGAAUUUUCACUUAUAAGUGUACUCAAACGUGACGUCAUGCGACUUUUCAAAUCAAUAUAUCUCUGCAAUGUUUAUAAUAUAUGAAAAUAGAAAAAAAUACGUGUCCAAUACUUUUUGAUAAUCUACCUGAUAAACGAAGAAAAAAAAUUAGUCAUCAUCCAUAUUAUAACAGUUUGACAGGAGAUUCCUCGACACGAUAUUCCGUUGAUUCUUUUGCAAUUAUACUUGAUUCUUAUCUCAACGAACUGAAAGUGCAAUAAUCUAUAUAUUUAUGAUUCCAAUACAUUUGAACGUUAUUCUUGGAGCUGUUCUCGGUCGGGGUGUAUCUCUUCGAGGCGAUCGCAAUAGUUUUAAAUCCUACCGUGUAAUUGUGAACUAUAUUUUUUCUAUGUCAUGCCAGCGCAGAGACAAGUCAGUUUCAUAGAGAAUAUAGACUUACCACGCCGCCGUCGCAGCCGCAACAAGUACCCGUACAAUUGUAAUAUCGAUGCCUUCGAUUCAAAUUUAAUUAUAUGAGGAAAUAUAUAAUGGUAAUAUAUAUAAUUUAUAUACAUUGUGAUUGGUGUGUAACGUUGAUUUACUAUUUUAGUGAGAACCAAAUAUAUUACGACGCGUAACUGACGUUGUAUUGCUUAGUUUUAAGUCUGGCAGAUGUAGGAACAUUGACGCGACUCGAGCGCCGGGCGACUCUCACACUUACGGCGACGGCUUAAGGUUUAUUUUCUUAUAGUGUUUUCGGUGCUGCUGCUGUCACAACAUGCCUCGAUUUUAUGUUAACUCUUAUCUUAAGGAAGGCAUACAUUUUAGAAUUACAGUUUCCAAUAAAAUCCCUAAUUAUAAAAAUAAUAUAAAAAGAUUAUAUAUUUUGCAUGCUUAUACAGCGUGUAUCAGAAAUAACGUACAUCGUACUUUGGUUGGAAUGGGCUUCUGAAUCGAAUUUAAUAAAAAAUCCGAAAAAAUAGUGAUAAUAAUUUAAUCUUUCCAAACAAACGAAUCUAGUACAUAAUACAAGGUGAUAAGAGUUUCUUUAAUGCAAUUGUUUAUUUAGUAAUUCUACCAACCAUUGAUGUAUCACAUAUAAAUGAAUAAAUUUCAGUUUUUCAACUAUUUUGUAACGAACUAGUCGCAGAGUGUGCGGUAUUUGUGUUGCACGUUGUAUGUAAUGACAAAUAUUACCCUGCCUAUAUGAAAGAUGGUGUGUUGGACUGGUCUGCACAAUUUCUUUGCCUUUUCUAAUAGGCUUUCUUCUCUCUCCUAAAAUCUGUUUAUGUAUCGAGUCUGUUUAUUUUAAAACUAACUAAACUAAACUCUUGUAAGUUUUAAAGUUUAUUUUUCUUUGUAAUGGCAAGAAGGCAGAAAUCUAAUAUAAGAAAUCAAGUGUAUUUCAGUGACCACUCGCCGUCGUCUCUCGAUAGGCAGGGUUUAAGCACAUAGUCCCUGUAGUCCAGCGCGCUCAGCGCGAGUUUUUAUUUAAAUAUUUAAUCGAAUACGUGAUCGUCGUUUCGUCACCGAAGUUUGCCAAUAGAUGGCGUUGUUCGUAUAUUCUACCGUUUUACAAAUAUAUUAAAAGUGAGUGAAGAAUUUAAGUAUGAAGCACCGUUCUCCGAAAGCAUUUUCAAAUAUAAAGAGCCGUUAGCUUUUGCUUGAAAUAAAAGUUGGAUUAGGUUAAGGUUUUACUCUAUAGGGUAGCUCUGGGAUUAAUGGACGUAGUAUUAAGAAAAUUAAACGUUAAAAGUGCUUUCGGAGAUGAAAUAUUUCUCGUUGAAAACUCGCUUUGAGCGCUAAAUUAUCACCGGUUCUAUUAGCUGAGGUGCUAGCGGGAUGCGAGUCGCCUCGCUGAACGUCGCUGUGGACAUAUCAACUCGGAAAGGGCGAAGCGAUUACGUUACGAACCCGAUUAGUGUGAACAGCUCAAGUUUAUACGGUGACGAUCUUCCGACUUGAUAUGUCUGCUACGAACCUGUCAUAGAUAUGUUGAUGUUCCUAAACUAUUGAGGUGCGUGAUGAGUACUUGUAGGUAUACGUGUGUGCGUGUGUGUAUGUGUGUGUGUGCGUGCGUCGGCACGCAUUGUUUUUAAUUUUAUUCUAGGCAGAUAUUAAUUUCGGUUGCAAUAUAUUGGAGCGUAGGUGGUAUGCAUCGUAAUGUAUGCAUAUAUAUUGAGUAUCGGAGCUCGCGAGCGAUGUCUGAGCGUAACACGGCGGGCACUGUUGACGACAUUUAACCAUCUUUACUAUCUAUAACGGAUAUUUGAGUGAAAUCUUUAAUUAUGAUUUUAUUUAUCUUUUAAGCAUUUAACUGCUCUAUGUUUAAAUCUAAAGCAAGGUUUACUAGGAAAAAAUCCACGCGGACCAGGCAGCGGACGGGACUCGAACCCGCAUCCUUCGCUA